AUGGAAUUAAAAAUUUAUAUAUGUGCGGGAGUAUUAGGCUUCAUAGCCGUUGCACAGGCACAGAUCCCAGGGUUAGGAUGGUGCCCAGACAAAAGGGCCAUGCCUGGAUUCGACAUUGAUAAGUAUUUGGGAACAUGGUACGAAGCAGAGAGGUACUUCACUGUACUUGAAGCUGGGAGCCGUUGUGCUAGGACGAAUUACACAAAGGCAGCCGGUGGCAUAAUCCUGGUGACUAAUGAAAUCACCAACAGGCUAACUGGUAUCAAACGAGUGCUUGAUGGAGAGAUAAGAAACAUUCCGAAAGGUGGUGUGGAAUCGAAAAUCAGUGUAAAAUACACAACUCUGCCAUUCCCAAUGGAAACCGAGUAUAUUAUUCUGGACACUGAUUACGACUCCUACUCAGUCGUAUGGUCUUGCUCUGGACUGGGAAUCCUCAACACGCAAUCAGCUUGGCUGAUGACAAGGGAGCGACUGCCUCCUGGAACUGUACUCCAGAAAGCUUACGCAGUACUGGAUAAGCACAAGAUCUCCAGAACGUUCUUUGUCAGGGCUGAACAAGAGGAGUGUAACAUUGGUGAGGCAGCUCCUGCAGAAACAACAGCCACACAAACCAGAGCAGCAGAUCCUGAACCGAAACCCGAAGCUAAACCUGAAGCAAAACCGGAACCAGAACCAGCUCCUCAACCAGAGCCAAGCAGCACAGAGGCUGCGGUCACGGUCUCCAACUCCAUUCCUUCAUCUGAACCCGAACCACAACCGAGCCAACCAGUAGCAGUAGAACAGCCAGCACCCGUCGAACCAGAAAAGAGGCCAUCUCCUGCCGUUUCUGCACCAACCCCAGUCCCCGAGUCUUCGAGUUAAAUCGCAUUCUAUGAAUGUCAAUGAAUUACAAGCUUUAAAUAUUUAAGAAUUAGUUUGUAUUUAAUUUAAGUCGUUACAAUCAAAGUGAUAAUAAAUAGGCCCUAUUGUGUAUUUUUAAGGGUUUCUUUUGUUAUAGUUCUCGGAUUAGUAUGAGAUUAUAUUCUAG